GGCGGAGUGAAUUGGUGUUUUACACCGAGCCAGCAACGAGGACUAUCACGCCAAGGCAGCCAACCCUGUAAACAGGAUAAGGGACGGGGAGGUCGCAAUGUCUGCAGCACGGGGACACUGGCGAAAAGCGCUAAGCACUGUUCGAAAAUACAGCAGUAAACAUGGCUCAGAGAAAGGUCCAGUUUAUGAGCUCCGAACGUACAGCGUCCAGCCAGGGAAAUUCGCUCAGUUCAUGGAUGUCAUGGUGAAGAAAUUCGAUAUCCGCCUGCGAUAUUCUCAACCCAUGGGGUACUGGAAUACAGAAGUAGGCGGGCUCUUCCAGGUCGUUCACAUCUGGGAGUACGAGAGUCUGGGAGAAAGGGCUAAAAUUCGCCAAAGCUUGGCAAAGGAUCAUCAGUGGCAAUCGGAGUUUUUGCCGGACUUCUUGUCCAGCACCAGCAGACUUGAGAACGAGAUUCUUGUUCUCAGUCCAGGCACAUCGCUGUGCACCGAUUUCCAGCCUUCUGACUCAGCUGUUUACGCUCUCCGGAGCCUGCCACUUCCUACGACGUUUGCUGUACUGUCAGACGAGGAACAGUUGGUCGCCAGGUUCUCAGGACUCUUCACUAACUCUUACCAAGAAUAUUUGCUGUUAAGGUAUCCCGACUUUGACUCUGCAUUUAUCCAUUUCAAAAGGAGAAAGGAUUCUGGCGGUGUAGACUACGGCACAUCACGUCUGAUGACACCGUGUCCAUGGUCUCCACUAAAGUGAUGUGACAUCGCCCGCUGCAACCAGUCAUGGUGUGAUGAUUUCACCAGCGUUUUGUCAGGCCACAGUUGAAAAAAAAACCCAAUAAAUCAUUGUACAAACUA